AUGACAAUAAUUACUUACAAGCAACCAUUGAAUAAAUUCAGGCAAUUAAAUAUUGCUGGUGAAUUCAACGAUUGGAAAAUCGUUUCUAUGUCAUUGGUAGGGGAGGAGUGGGUUUACAAGAUUGAUUUCCCAGAGUUAGGAGAUGAACCCAAGAAAUUCCAUUUUAAAUUUAUUGACGAUAACGACAAUUGGUUUGUUGGUGAUAAUUAUCCUAAGGAAUUGGAUAAAAAUUCCAAUGAAAAUAACGUGGUUAUCGUUGAUCCAACUGAGGAUUCGAAGUUAAGUACCCCACAUGUUAAAGGAAACCACAUCAAAGAGUCACGAGCUGGUACUACGUCGUAUAUUUCCGAAGAUGAAACGACAUUAGCUGACCAGACAGCUCGAGAAACACCUCGUCAGCAAACAAAUGAACCAGAUAGUUUGCACAUAAAAACUUUUAAUGCUGAUUCUAAGGCAGUUGUCAGCGAUAAUCUGUCAGAAAAACCAUAUGAUACUGAAUCAAAUGACAGAGAAUAUGCAGAGCAAGAGAAAUUAGCUGAGGAUAUUCAAAAUAAAGGUUUUAUAGAUGGCAAAGAACCUAAUAAAUAUCAGGAUAAAAAUACCUAUAACAGGGGAAUAAUUGGAGUCUUUGCUCUAAUUGUCGUGUUUGUCGUAAGCUUUUUUUAG